AGUACUCUAGACUCAUCACGUGUCAGAGAGUAAUUUUUAAUUAAUUUAAAAAAUCAGAAGUUAUUGUGAUGGCUCACGAAAAUCUCUCAUCUCAUCCCAUGGAGAGAAAUAUUUAGUAAAAAUUUCGAUUACGGGUUCGACUCGAAAAAUUGCAAAGACGGUAUCGUAAUUUCUCACAGAUAAUUCAGAUAAAAAAUGGAAAAACCGAACGACGGUGAUCCUUCCAUUCAGAAGCAAAAGAUUAAAACCCGUUCUUUCUCUCGAUUUAUUCCUUUUCCCGCCAAUUCCUGAAGACACCGGAAGUCAAUUGCUAAUUUUAUUUUAAUAUUGAACAAUUUUUGGGGGGAAAUAUGUCAAUUCAAGAAUAGAAAGAACAAAUUUUUCGGGGAAUGGAAUCAUUAAAUCGAAUUUUAUCUAUCGAAUUUUCCUCAUAACCUCAAUUUAAAAAUGAACAACAUGUCGAAAUCUGCGAAAACUGUUUUGAAAAUCUUCUCUGGAACAGUUCCUUGCGAUGUUAGUGAACUGGACCUGGGGAUCACCCUGAAGGGCGGUCAAAGUUUCAGAUGGAAAGAGAUCCCAGAGAAUAAAUACCGGGGGGUUUUCGCCUCCUCCAUCUGGACACUGCACCAGGACUCCUCGCAGAUCUUCUUCACAGUCCACACUUCCUCUUUGAAGUCCUCCAAGGCCUGCAAGGAGCAGUUAGAAAAGUAUUUCCGGCUGGACCUCUCCCUCAGGGACAACCUCAUCGUCUGGUGCUCAUCGGACCCGAAAUUCUCUCGAUUCUCCUCGCAGGUACGAGGUGUCAGGAUCCUGGAUCAGAACCCCACAGAAAAUCUCUUCUCCUUCAUCUGCAGCGCCAACAACCACAUCACGAGGAUCACGAAGAUGAUAGAGAGGAUGUGCGAGAAUUAUGGGAGAAAAAUCGGUGAAGUCGAUGGGGAAAAUUACUUUGACUUCCCAAAGAUCGAGGAUCUCUCCCAGGAGGAAGUUCCUCAGGUCCUGGCGAAGGAGGGAUUUGGGUACAGAGCGAAGUACAUCGGGAACUCUGCGAAGAAGUUGAUGGAACUGGGAGGCAUCGAGUUCCUGGAGAGUUUGCACAGGUAUUCUGGAAUUUCCUACGAUGAUGCCAGGAAAAAACUCAUGGUAUUACCUGGGGUCGGGCCAAAGGUGGCGGACUGUAUCUGCCUCAUGUCCCUGGGGCACCUGGAGGCCAUCCCCGUGGACACACACAUCUAUCAGGUCGCCAAGGAGACGUACCUCCCAGGUCUCAAGAAGUUCUCCACUAGUUCUGGGGUUUAUGGGGAAAUCAAUCGCUUCUUCAGGGACACCUGGGGAUCUCUAGCUGGCUGGGCACAGGCUAUCGUCUUCUGCAGCAGAAUCAAGUCACAGGAGAGGACGGGGGAAGACCUAGAGGCUCAGGGUCCCGUGAAGAAGACGAGGAAGAAGUGAUUUCUGAGGUUUUUCCAUUUUUUCAGAGUCCAGAUUUUGAUAAGUCCAAUUAUCUCCGUUGGAGGUGAUCCUAGGGGAUUAAGUGAUAAGAGAUUUUACGUAGGGGAGAAAAUUCCCUAAAAAAAAGUUUGGUUACAUUUUUUGAUAGCGCCAGCAAUUAACGAGAUAAUCGCAGGACUAAUGAAGUGGAUAAUUACUGGAAAUGCUGAAGAGAAAACCAUGAAAUUUUUUUCAUUUUCGUUUAUUAAUUAUCAGGAAGCAUGAUCAACAAUAUUUUAUGAUACAAUUUUAAAUAAUGUGUGGGUUGUGAACUGAGUUGUGCCAGGUGUAAAUGAAAAAAUAAAGAUAAAAUAUAAUUAUUUUAAAACCGAUAGCGAAGUCUCGGAAAAGAGACAACUGUACUUGA